UUAAUAAUAUAUAUAAAUAUUUUUGUUGAAAACUUUUUUUGUUUAUUAUAAUCGUCAAAAAUAUUUUUUAUAUAGUCUACAAUUAAAAAAAACAAAAUUAAUAUUAUUUUAAUUAAAUGUUUGACCAACAAAAUAAUCGGUGAACCAUCAAAAAUACAAACAUUAACAGUGUAUAUAUUGGGCACUGGUAUCUCUAAUAAUAAAAAAAUACUACAAAUUUAGUAGUAGUAGGUGUGUCCAUCCAUCCAUCAUCACCACCAUAACCAUCAUCAUCAUUGACCACAACAACAACAACAACAAUGUCAUUAACAUACUAUUUAAGUGCAAUUCAAGACAACAAUCAUCAAACAGGCUAUCCUAUGGCCAGUACACCGAUGACUGCCACCACCGCAGCCGUCGCCAAUACACUGGACGUACGGUACGGAUCAUCGGGCUAUAGUAGUAGUGGCGGUAGUCAGAGCCGUAGUCAUACAGCGGCCUCAAACAUAUACAACUCGGCUGUAGCGGCCGCAGCAGCUGCGGCAGCGGCAGCCGCUGCUCAACAUAACUACGAUCUGGCUAUACAUCAUCGGUCAGCUGGUGGUGGUGUCCCCGGUAUCGGUACAAUCAUCGACAGUGUUCAUCAUCAUCAUACGAUGCUGGGCAUCGGUAGCCAUCAGCAUCAUCUCAAUCAUCUCAAUCAGCACCAGAAGCCGCCCUAUUCGUACAUUGCGCUCAUAGCUCAGGCUAUCCGAUCGCAACCCGACCAACGGAUAACCCUAUCGGGUAUCUACAAGUAUAUUAUGGACAACUUUCCCUACUAUCACGAUAACAAACAGGGCUGGCAAAACUCAAUCAGACACAACCUAUCCCUUAACGACUGUUUUGUUAAGGUUGCCCGCGAAAAGGGUAGGCCAGGUAAGGGUAACUAUUGGACACUGAACCCGAAUGCCGAGGAAAUGUUUGAAAACGGAAACUUCAGGCGCCGUAAACGUCGGCCAAAGUCAACGACCACUGGCACUGGCAAUGGUAGAGGAGGAGGAGGUGGUGGUAAUCAUCCAUUUGAUGGCAAACAACAACCACAUCAUCGUAAGCGUGUGUACGACGACAACAACGAAGAGGUUGUCAUCAGUAGAGUCAGAGACAGGAAUAACAACAACAACAACAACAAAAAGAUGAUCCGAUCGCUGGAUGAGCUGCUCAUCCAUGGCAUACAUACUGGACAUAAUAGCAGCGAUGAUGUCGACGACGAUGACGAUGAUGUUAGCGAUCAUCAGUCGACCAACGAUAGUACAACAGAGGCGACGACGACUACGACGACGGCCACAACAACAGAGGACAGUCAGUUAACUGACAAAUACUAUCGCAAAUCGUACGGACAGAGAGGUGUCGUAUCGUUUUCAAUAGACAGUAUCAUCAACAGCAGCAGCACCGGUACUAGUCCUCAAACUAGUACUACUACUACUACCGGUAAUGCUAGUCAUCAUAAUUAUUCAUUUGAUAGCAGCUAUAACCGUAGCACCGGUAGUAGUGAUGGCGGAACUGUCAUCAUGUUUGGUGACGACGGUUUGGUAAAGCCAUCAGCAGCACCAGCAGCUCUUGAUUUAUUAUUAUAUAACAACAACAACAACAACAAGAGCUUAUCAUUUAGUAGUCAACAACAAUCAAGCAAUGGUUCAGUAAUGUCAUCGUCGAUGACGACAACGACGACGACGACACCAGUAGUGACAACAACCACUAAUAGUCCGCUACUGACGGAGCUAUCACUGAGACUGUCAGCAGCAGCGGCAGCAGCAGCAGCAGCACCUAUAUCCAGGUUCGCCUACAAUGGUUAUGCCCAACAUCAUCAUCAAGUACUACCACACCAUCAUCAUCAUCAGCAUCAGUAUCAUAAUAAUGGCAUCAUUGAUAGCUCAUUGUUAGUUAAUACAAUGCAUAACAACCAGGUUAUAGCUACUGGUAGUGCUGGUAGUCAUCCCCCCAUUGGUAGUAGUGGUGGUGACAGUGGUGGUGGCUAUAGUUUUUUAAACUAUUAUCCCACUGUAUGGGCCGAUAUGGACCCACUAUUGCCAUUUAUGUUUGUACCGCCUACCAGAUAGGAUAGAUAA